AUGUGCAAAUUCUUGGAUGUUGUCCGAGUGCCGGUCCUUCUACACCAAGGUUGUAUCCAGCGAGAAGUUAGGACAAAGGGUCUUCUUCUCCGCCUGGUCUGUCGAUGGUCUUCUCGCGUUCCGACAAUUGGGUCGUCCUGUGUGAACUUCUCGGCUGACCAACUUACCCCUAGUGAUAGGGAUUGUGUUAACAAUGGCGAAUCGGUAGGCGUCUGGAGCCACCAGUGUGUGGACUCUCCACUCAUUCCGUUGACCUCUGGGCGUCGAAAUAUGUCUAACUCAUGGCAUUUAUGGAGAACAGGUCGGAAAGUCGGUACCGCCCACGUUACCGAACGAAUACCCCAGGACUGGCUGUGGACUCGUUCUGCGGUCAGUGCCGUGCGGUAUGUUUCGUCCGGGCUUGUGCGUCUCUACAUAGUGGUCAAAGGCCUGAACUGGGCCCCCGCCUAG